AUGCCUUCACCACUCACCAUAGCAAAUUUCAAAGCUGCCGAAAUCCACGAAAAGAUCCACGCCCUGGCACACAACCUCGUCAACAUCAAAGACGAAACAGGUAAAUUCCUACUCAAAUUACCCGACGGCAGAGUCAUCGAUACCAAAGGCUGGAACGACUGGGAAUGGACCCACGGCAUCGGCCUUUACGGCCUAUACCAGUGCUACUCCCUCACUUCAUCACCUGAAACCCUCAACAUCAUAACAUCCUGGUUUAAAAACCGCUUCGCCGAAGGAACCACAAAGAACAUCAACACCAUGUCCCCGUUCCUGACCCUCGCAUAUCUCUACGAAGACACCCACGAACGAAGCUACCUCCCCUGGCUCGACUCCUGGGCCGAAUGGGCCAUGCACGAGCUUCCCCGGACGAAAUACGGCGGCUUCCAGCACAUGACUUAUCUUGAAUACAACGACAACGAACUCUGGGACGACACGCUAAUGAUGACUGUCAUGCCCCUCGCGAAAAUCGGCCUCGUGUUAAACCGCCCGCAUUACGUCGAAGAAGCGAAGCGCCAGUUUCUGCUGCAUGUGCAAUACCUGCAGGACAAGGAGACUGGAUUGUGGUUUCACGGCUGGAAAUUCGACAGUGCUGCUAAAGGUGGAGUAGGUCAUAAUUUCGGAAGGGCAAGGUGGGCGAGAGGGAAUAGCUGGAUUACUAUUGCGAUACCUGAUUUUAUUGAGCUGUUGGAUUUGCCGCCGAACGAUCAUCUAAGGAUGUAUCUUGAGUCCGUGCUUGAGCAGCAGGUACUUGCUUUGAGGAGGUUACAGGCAGAUGGUGGGUUGUGGUUUACGCUCUUGGAUAUACCCGAACAGCCUGGCAAUUAUGUUGAGUCUUCGGCGACGGCUGGGUUUGCGUACGGGAUACUGAAGGCUGUGCGGAAGCGUUACUUGGCACUGGAGUACAAGGAGGUCGGGCUGAAAGCUGUGCAAGCGGUGGUGAAGAAGAUCAACAGUAAUGGUGAGCUAAUAGACACGAGUUUUGGAACUGGCAUGGGUCACGAUUUGCAGCACUAUUUGAACAUUGAGAGGACGAGUAUGCCGUAUGGUCAAGCAAUGGCAAUCAUGGCCUUGGUUGAAUUUCUGAGAGAGUAUUUGGGGUAUCGUGAUUUCAGCCAUCUCGACAUAAGGAAGUAG